GGACGUUGUGCCUCUGCCUUGCCUCCUCCUCGGAGCCAACCACUGAUGGCCUCACGUCAACUUCCCUGCUGGAGUUUGCCAUGAUGUCCCACCUGGAGGCCAUGAAUUCCCACGAGCAAACCAGCCCGGAGACUGCGGAGCCUGAUCUUGCACCUGGCUCUCUGCAUGCUGCCCCAGGAUCGGGCUUUGCCAGCGAGGAGAAUGAGGAGUCCAAGAUCUUGCAGCCCCCGCAGUACUUCUGGGAAGAUGGGGGAGAGCUCAACGACUCCAGCCUGGACUUGGGACCGGCAACAGAUUACAGCUUUCCUGCUGCAUCUCAGAAGGCCCUGCUGAAAGGGAAUGGGACGCAGGUGAAGGACAACUGGGAAACAGCCACUGUCCAGCCACCAGCAGAAUUUGUCGAGCCUGACUUGCACACGCCUUUCUCCAGCACGCUGGAGGAAGAGGAGGGGCUGCUCCCUAUAGACCACUCAAGAGGAGUGGAGAGCCUCCAGACCUCUGGGCCAGAGGUUACAUCUUCUGAAGCAGUGGGCCAAGAGGACUCCUUCUCCCUUCUGUUUUCCACAGCCUCCGCCAGGCCAGGUGUUGUGACCGAGGCAGCCACAGGAGGGCAAGAAGAGGACUCUGUUCCUCCAGGCUUAGACCUUGGGAGCAGCAUGGGACCAGGUCUUCUGCCUGUGUCCUCUAUUUUUUCUACUACUACUGCUGCGAGGUCUCCCAGUAUUUCAGAAGAGUCCUUUGAGGUGACAGCUGGGGACGCAUGGGCUGCUGGGGGAGCAGAUUCGGAGCUGACUGUGACUACCACAAGAGCAGAGCUUGCAGAGACCACGGUAGAGGCUGGUGGGGAAGAGCAUUCAGCCAGAGAGGAGGUCUCAGAGACCACGGUGGGGUGGGAGAUGCUGGAGCCCACAGUGCUAACUGAAAUGGAGCAGACCGUGGAAACGCUUGUGGGGACACCCUCUCCUGGAGGCAGCUCCCCAGGCACCCAGACUCCUUCUGGCAGUGAGCAGCACCCCACUUCUGCAUCUCCGUGGGACAGGGCUGACGAGCCUGCGCUGGAUCCCAUUUGGAAUGACACCGAGUCAGCCACUGAAACUGUGGCAGCAGAGAGGAGCUUGUCACCCCAGGCUGGGGACGCCCGCGUGGCCAUGCUGCCAACAGAGCUGCCCUGGGACUCAGCACAGGUGAUCUGCAAAGACUGGAGCAACCUUGCGGGGAAAAACUACAUCAUCCUGAAUAUGUCGGAUAACAUUGACUGUGAGGAGUUUCGCCUGGAGAGGGGUCCCCAGCUGUUGGCACUGGUGGAGGAUGCCUUCUCCAGACAGGCGGAUGGACCGCAGGACCGCUGGCUGAUCUCUCUGAGCAAACCCAAUGAGAACGACAAGCACUUGCUAAUGACAUUGGCAGGGGAACAGGGCGUCAUCCCUACAAAAGAUGUUCUCACGGCACUGGGGGAUGUUAAGAGGAGCUUAGCUGAGAUUGGCAUCCAGAACUACUCAACCACCACAAGCUGCCAGUCGCACCCCAACCAGACACGCAGCGAUUAUGGGAAACUCUUUGUGGUACUGGUGAUCAUCGGCUCCAUCUGUGCCAUCAUCAUUGUAUUGGGGCUCAUAUACAACUGCUGGCAGAGACGCCUGCCCAAGAUGAAGAACAUGUCGCACGGCGAGGAGCUGCGCUUUGUUGAGAACGGCUGCCAUGACAACCCCACCUUGGAUGUGGCCAGUGACAGCCAGUCGGAAAUGCAGGAGAAGAAGCCAAGCGUGAACGGUGGAAACACCAUCAAUGGCCCCGACAGCUGGGAUGUCCUGAUCAAUAAGCAGGCGAGCGAGGAUGUGGAUGUGUUUGAGGAAGACACGCAUCUUUAG